AACUUAUUUGGAGCUGCUCGACGCCGGCCCGUACAUGCGUUCCUCAUCAAGUACAUGCCACAUGUCGAGUCCGGUCACCUCAUCGACGAGAGGGCACAGCAUGGACACGGACAAAAAAAAACAAGCAGCUAAGAGGGAAGAAAGCCUCAAGUCUCGACUGCAGCGCAAAUCAUUUCAAAGGUCAAGCACUCGAGGGCUGUGCUUCGAAGAACUGACCCAGUGGUCUCACUCCCUCGACAAACUGAUGGCGUCCAAAUACGGAACCAAAAUAUUCCAAGCCUUCCUCAAAUCCGAGUUCAGCGACGAAAACUUGGAAUUCUGGUUGGUGUGCGAGGAAUAUAAGAAGAUCAAGUCCUCUUUCAGGAUGACGUGCAAGGCCCAAAAGAUCUUCAAACAUUACAUCCAGGCUGAGGCCCCGAAAGAGAUUAACAUCGAUCACAAGACCAGAGAGCUGAUCAGGCGAAACAUGAAGACGGGCGGCGCCGGGUGCUUUGAUGAGGCCCAGGGGAUCGUCUUCGGGCUGAUGGAAAGAGAUUCAUACCCUCGCUUCCUCAGGUCUGACAUCUAUCGGGCUUUUCUGGACUCCAUCUGAAGCUGUGAAGAUGCUUGACUACCGACGUGGAGGUGAGCAUCCUCGCCAUGGCAACGCUUCUGAAACCUAAACCAAACGUGAAGUUUUGUUGAGAAUACUUCCAGGACGGCACAUCCAUAGUCUUCGUGAGAUAAAUGUGCAGUGAAACUGAAUGAACGGCGUUAAUUUUGGCAUCAACCACUAAGUUAUUUUAUUUUGUUCCAUUCAGCUUGUCAUUUUACUCAAUUCAUCAUACUGUAUCCUAAUUUGGUUGCACUGACCGUUCGCUAAAUGACAUUAAGGCCAGUCUAUGUUUCACUACUUAAAUGACUUGGUGGUUUGUUUGUUUGAAAUUGUAAAAACUGUACUUUUGCUUUCUUAAAUUUGUCUUCUGUGAUUGUUAUUGUGUGAUUGUUUUUCAAUAAACCAAAUACUGGCUGUAA